AUGGAACUCACAACAACACAAGCCGUCCUCGCCGUCGCCGCCGCCGGCAUCUCGUACGUGUGGCUCUGCUACGCCAUCAACAGCACAAUGAUGGGCCGCUUCCUGGACAAGAACCCGACGAAGUUUACGACUGUGAAGCCGGUGGUGAAUAACUAG